AGAGGAUGCGUGGUUCUCAAUUUCAGUGUAAAGGCUGCUGUGGAAAGGUUUGAAACAAAAAAAUGGGUACAACGCAAAAUACUCGGAUUAAGUACAAAAUUAAAAAUAAAAUACCACAUGUGAGUGUUGGUGAAUAUUUCUUUAAGGAAUAGGAGGAGACACAGAAAUUGGAGAAACAGUUAAUGAAAGAAGAAAUAGCUAUAUUUUCAAAAUACAGUAUGGUGAAACUAGAUUCAGGCCUCAGGGUAGCUACUAGCAUAAAGAUAGUAGUGAAAAGAAGACUCAAAGUUUUUGUCAGCUCUUGUUGGAAGUGAGUGUGGCUGCUCCUCUUUAAAUGUGCUCUUGUCCUGCUGUUUAUGUAGAACCAGUCAGUUACAUUUCCUUGAGCAUGCACAUUUCGCACUUGAACUGAAAUGUGGACAGAUAUUCUGAAGGCCCAGCUCUUUCUCAGCUUCAUCAUGGAUUUUUGUAUAAUUAGAGUAAUUACUACUGUUAAACAACUGAAGACUACCCACUUUACGGAUCAUAGUUGACUGUUUCUGCUUAGUUUUUCAUUGAGUUAGAAGUCAGGGUUUUGCAUGUAAAUGACCUCAGCCACUCCUAUAGAAGUUAACUUCAUCUGUUGGAGGUCUGAAUACCAGGAAAAAAUUUCAUUUAUAUUUGUGGGUGGAUGGACCUAGAUUCACAAUUUGCUACUAAUGUACAAUGACAGCCUUGAUUAUAACAUGGAUUAUUCCACUUCAUGCUUCAAUGAACAGAAUAAUGUUUACUGGUCAUUAUGAAAACCACUCGAUUUUAAUUUCUAGUUUGGUGCUGUUAGGUGUCUUAGAUGAUUGCAGUCCAGGUUCUUUUUACUAGUUUCAGCUUGAGGAUGGAUAAGGAGGAAGAAAUUUUUUCCAUUUUUGUUUUCAGACUCAGACAAAAAGCUAUGUUUAGAGUUGACUUUGAGACUAAACUCAGCCUUUCUCCAGAAAUUGAUUCUUCCAGGCAUAGUGACAACACAUUGACAGUUGUUGUAAUACAUCUACUUGAUUUUUUUUGUUUUGUUUUAAAUAAAUAAGGAAUUUGUCUGCGGUGUUCUUAAUGAGGCAUCUUAUUGUGUUCUGAAAUUCAACUUCAAAAUUAAUCGGGGGGAAGGAUAGACAAAUCUGUUUGCUGAGCAAUUUGUCUUUUUAUGUUAUGGAGUUGUAUUGUUUUAGUGACUUCAGCGGAAGAGCUGUAUUAUCGUUCCAAUGACCAGCCAGCAGUUUGCAGCCCGGUGAGAUGGCUACAGGUUCAUGAGGACUGGCGAGGUUCAAAUAUGGGGAGCAGACCUUCAGAUUGCUGAGGGUUUCCCUUUUCCGGCUGUGUUGUUACGACAUAGGCAGUCUUUUUAUUUCAAGCUGUCAGAAAGGCAGCUUAGUAAACGUGAAUGGGUUUGCUCUUUCUUUCCAACGGGAAGAAAUAUACUCUGUUUCAAAAGGAAUUUCUAUACAUGACCAAACUUGAUAAGCAAUCUCAUCAGUAGAGAGGGAAAUUUUCCUACCUUAUAUUGAUCCACUUUUAAUAGAUACAGUAGAAAUUUCAUGCAGGUGUUGUCAUCUCUUCCCACCUCUUUAUGUUUCAGUUUAAAAAAUACAUAUAUAUUGCAAACAAGAGAGUGAUAAUGCUUGCAAAACCCAAGCAUUUAGAACUAGGGAAAUACCAAAUCAAGUAGAUCCACUUUACCCUCUUCUGCUUCUUUGUUAUGUUUAAUUACAUUAGUGUGUGAUUUAAAAAAAAAAAAUUUCAGUGAGCCUCACAGAGGACAUGGGAUAUGCUGUUCUCUGAAUUAAUUACUGUUUCAUGUUUUAUAUGGAUUCUGUGUGUGUCCUGAUAUUUUAUUUUAUGCAUUCUCUUCAGACUCAUCGUUAAACACAGAAUUAAUAUAUUUGGGGCUUAUUUCACUCUUUACCUUAAUGUCUCAGAAAGAAGUACUGAGGCAAAAAGCGUGAGAAUAAUUAGUCAGGAAAUUCUUUCCCUCUGAACAUUGACAAGUGUCAGUAAGUUCUGUUUGUUUGUUUUGGUUGUGGGUUUGGGGGUUUUUUUUUGAGAGAGAGUUAUUUAGCACUCUGUUCAGAACAGAGCUCCCCAGGAUCUGAUGCGCAGUUGGGUGUUAAACAGAAGUAAACUAGAUCUAAGUUAUGCUAAAAACUGGACUUUUAGAAGAGGAUGCCUGUAACCAUAGGAGAGCUAUGUGACAGAGGUAGAAAGGAAGCCACUUCUUUUUGAGACUCUUUACGUGUCAUAAUACCGCUUUUUUCUUUCUACAGUCUCCCGUCUCAUUUCAGUGCACCUUCUGCUUAAAAAAACAUAAAACCAAAAGCAGAGCACUGUCUUUCCAUGGAAGUGUACUGACCCCAUUGCAAAUCGCUGGCUUUAGACUUAUUCCUGGUGUCAGCCCCGGUGUGAGCCAGCAGGCACUGGAUGACUUGCAGAGUUAGCAAGUAGGAGCAGAAGAGCAGAGAGACCUGGAAUGUGGAAAAGAAAUCCAGGACUCCCAAUGCAUGGUUGAGUGGUUGCAGACUUCUUACACAAGUCACACUCUUGUUUUUACUCUCACGGAAUAUUCUGAAGACAGCAAUUCUGAACCAAAUGUGGAUCUGGAAAAUCAAUACUACAAUUCCAAAGCUUUGAAGGAAGAUGAUCCCAAAGCAGCAUUAAGCAGUUUUCAGAAGGUUUUGGAGCUCGAAGGUGAAAAAGGAGAAUGGGGAUUCAAAGCUCUGAAACAGAUGAUUAAAAUAAACUUUAAAUUGACUAACUUUCCUGAAAUGAUGAACAGAUAUAAACAGCUAUUGACCUACAUACGGAGUGCAGUUACAAGGAAUUACUCUGAAAAAUCCAUCAAUUCUAUUCUUGAUUAUAUCUCUACUUCCAAGCAGAAUUCUGAUUUUUUAUGUCAGAUGGAUUUGCUUCAGGAAUUCUAUGAAACAACACUUGAAGCUCUGAAAGAUGCUAAGAAUGAUAGAUUGUGGUUUAAGACAAACACAAAGCUUGGCAAAUUAUAUUUAGAACGAGAAGAAUAUGGAAAGUUACAAAAGAUUUUGCGUCAGCUGCAUCAGUCAUGCCAGACUGAUGAUGGGGAAGAUGAUCUAAAAAAAGGUACUCAACUAUUGGAAAUCUAUGCUUUGGAAAUUCAAAUGUAUACAGCACAGAAAAAUAACAAAAAACUUAAAGCACUAUAUGAACAGUCAUUGCACAUCAAGUCAGCCAUUCCUCAUCCACUGAUCAUGGGAGUUAUCAGAGAAUGCGGAGGCAAAAUGCACUUAAGAGAAGGAGAGUUUGAAAAGGCACAUACUGAUUUUUUUGAAGCAUUCAAGAAUUAUGAUGAAUCAGGGAGCCCCAGAAGAACUACUUGCUUAAAAUACUUGGUCUUAGCAAACAUGCUUAUGAAAUCUGGAAUAAACCCAUUUGACUCUCAGGAGGCUAAACCAUACAAAAAUGAUCCAGAGAUUCUAGCAAUGACAAACUUAGUAAGUGCCUAUCAGAAUAAUGACAUCACUGAAUUUGAGAAGAUUCUGAAAACAAAUCACAGCAACAUCAUGGACGAUCCCUUCAUAAGGGAGCACAUUGAAGAGCUUUUGCGAAACAUCAGAACACAAGUGCUUAUAAAAUUAAUUAAGCCUUACACAAGAAUACAUAUUCCUUUUAUUUCUAAGGAGUUAAACAUAGAUGUAGCUGAUGUGGAAAGCUUGCUUGUGCAGUGCAUAUUGGAUAACACUAUACAUGGCCGAAUUGAUCAAGUCAACCAGCUCCUAGAACUGGAUCAUCAGAAGAGAGGUGGUGCACGGUAUACUGCGUUAGAUAAAUGGACCAACCAACUAAAUUCUCUCAACCAGGCUGUAGUCAGCAAGUUGGCCUAACAGAAAACAAGCUUUUACAAACGUACUUAAGGCAACAGUGCAGUGAUGUAAACCUUAAAAGAACUGGGAAUGGCAAAACUACUGUCGGUUGGUGUGCCCUGAAAUUAUUGGAGUUAUGGCAGAAGUGCUUUUUUGAUCAGCUGGUUUGUGUUUUGCUGCUGCAUUUAUCCCAAGAAAAAAACAGCUUUAAUCUCCAGAAGAAAACCAAAAUGCCACGGGAUUUAUGCUGUAUUGACAUCUUGCCCUAAACAUACAACAUCCUAGUAAUUUGUCAAAGGGCAGUUAAUGACCAGAGAGAAGAUUUUUGUCAUGAUUUUAAAUACACUGACACGUUACUGUUGGUUAAAUUUAAACAUGUUUUACCUGCAGAAAUUCUCUCACAGAAAUAACCUGCAAUAACUUGAAAUGCAUACCCUUUUGAACACUUCCUUUUCUCAUGUAUAAAUUGAAAUGUUUGCUGCAUUUUGCAAAAUGUCAAUUCUCCAAAAAUGUGUCCGUAUAUUUCUGUACCUGCAGUGUAGUAAAGGUUUAGAAGAAACCCCAUAAUUAUAGUGGCAUACUGUCACUUAGGUUUCAAGCAGCAAAAUAAACAGUGCAGUUCAGAAAUUGUACAGUUUGUUUCUUGAUGUGCUUUCAUUAUACUUGAUUUUUACUUUUGUUAUUUUUAAAAGAAAAUAGGUAUUACUUCAUCCUUACCUCACUUACGAAAGACAUUGUGGACAUUUUAAGUCUAAACCUUGGUAUGUGUGCUGUUGAUUUUUUUUUCCUUUUUUUUUUUUCCUUGACAUAGUUAAAAGUAAAUACUAAAGAGUUUAAAAGCUGAUAUUUAGCAGUCUUGCUAACGGACUUUUAUCUUGCAAGAUACCAAACUAUUAUCAGUCCUGUCUAGUUGAUGUUGGUGGGUAUUUGGCUUUUCUCAUGAAUAUGCUUGGUUUUUAUUUUGGUACUUCAAGAAUACAGGUUUGCCAAGCAGUACCCUGGGAAUAGAAACGCAGACCCUGAUUGUUACCUCUCUUUGCCUAAGAUGUGAUCUUUUUGACCAAAUUCAGUGUACAUAAAAAGACACUGUGUAUAGAGUGGGGACUGAGUACAAUGACCUCAGUAAUAAUGGUAUCUGUUCUGUCCCAAAUGUUUGAUUGUAUUGUAGUCCCUUCAGAGCUGCUAUUGAAGUCGUGAAGUCCUACCACAUAGUUGGCACAUGCCUUUCAUGUCCUAAGAUUUUGGGAUCAUCAGAUCCAUUUAAAAUACAGAGCUGCAGUGUUGACCACAGCAACUUUUCUUCCUGUAGCAGCUUGUCUUGGAGCUGACAAAUUCUCUUGCAGGUCUCAGAAAUGUAGAAGAAAUGUUGUAGGGUCACUUCCUCCAUAACUGCAAGUACUCCAUUUUAAACCUGAGGGUAUGGUGUAAUGGUGCACAAAGCAGUGACACACUUGGUCAUUGUUCUAGUGGAAGGAAAAAUAGGGAUAUAGAGCAAUUAACACCACCCCAAAAAUAAUGAAAAAUCCUGAUAAAUGACGUGUGCAUCACACGUGUGCAACACAGCAUAGUAAACUCAAUGUUCUAGGGCCGGAUUUAAAUUGGUAACAGUGUAGAAUUAAAUAGGAUAAAACUAACUUUCAUCUGAAGGACAGUUAUGUCCCUUAGAAAAUUAUUUUACUCUGCAGUUGUCAAAGCAAGUGAUUUUUUUUUCCUAGUGUUUACAUAGUAACACUUAAUGUGUCGCAUGAGUAGCAUGAUGCUGAAUCUUGGGUGAGCAUUUCUCCUUCACUGAAGCGUAUUUGUUCCAAUAGAUGUUUCUACUUUAUCCAUUUGCUUAAAAUAGUAGUAAAAUAUGAAUAUAAAUUUAACUUAGUUUUUAAGCAAGUUUUUUCCUUCAUAAAAUCUGUAGAUAACAUUUACUAACGCACAUUGUUGUAUCUUGUUUCCUUACAGUGCUGUGAUCUAUAACAUAGUUUUUACUUUGAAAAUUCCGCUAAGAUCUGGUGAGGUGAAAUUGAACUUAAUAAUACUGCACAGUAAUUGGAACCCUUAUCUACAGAUCCAGAGGCUUUAAUUUGGAUAGCCAGUCUUGCAAGAUUCUCCUUCACAUGGGGACAGGGGACUGUGACAGCUACUACAAGCACGUUUCCUUUCUCUGCCAUUUCCUGCCACCCUUGCUGUGGGAAGGAACAACUACUCUCUACUAAAGGAGGGAAAAAAGAACUGUGUGUAAACUUACUAUCACUUAAAAAAAAAAACUUGUCUUGACUUUGUGUGUUUUAACUGAUGUAACCUUUCCCAUCCCAAAUAUGUCUGUUGGCGAGGCAUGUUUGGAUUUUUCAACAAGGAAACGGGAACGCUGCCGUAAAUCUUGUCCUAUCCAGCUAGUCCCCUAGUUCUACCUUUUUGUUGUGUAGGAGUAAUGGUAGUAGGAGCAGUCCAACUACUGAAAGACUAUUAGUUUCAACAGUGAGGGCUAGCAAUGUGUUUUUAGACCAAAAAAAGUGUCAGUCUACCUCUAAUAUAUUGUGUGUUUUGGCAUACUUUAGUUCUUACUCAUGCACACAGUGCCUUAGCAUCUUGUGCUCCAGGCACAUAAUGACGAUUUAUAUAAUCCCUAAGGGAUUCAACCCCUUUUCUGAGUUCUCAUAAUUCUUAACCUGGAAGAUGAGAACUGUCUGCAGGGAAAUAGGGAGGAGCUGUGUUGUCAUACAACCACAGCAGAAACUGCUAAGAGUUGAUGUAGCCCACUUAGUCCCUGGUAGAUCUGGCUCUGGUGUCUUUUCUACCUCCUCAGGAAAAGUGAACAAGCAGUUGAAGGAAGAGGGUGAAUGAGGGUUUUUUUCAAACAACUUUAUUGCACGGCAGGUUGUUCAAGAAGUGCUAAGCAGCCGCACUGAAUUCUCCAACCUUGGGUUCCAAUCAUUAAAUUUCUGCAAUUGUCAUUAAUUGUCAGAGCCCCACUUUUCACAACUUUUUGGAUGUCUUUAUAAACCUUUCCCUGCUGUUGGUACAAGACAAACCGGCACCUUAGCUAGUACCAAUAAGAUUGUUUGCAAAAGAUCAUUUUAAUGGCUGUUGUAAUCUUAUGUAAGAUUACAGUAGUGAUUAAGCUGUGUAUGUAUAAACCCCUCCUUUAAGUUGCUAGCAGCUUAUGCAUUAAAGCUGAACAUCAUGCAAAUGAAAUCUGGGAGGAUGUGGGCGCUAUGUCUGCGUGCAUUUUAGGGUUUUUUUAUUAUUUAUAAAACAUACUUUGGAGGAAUGCAUUUUCUCAUCUCAAGGUCCUUCUCUAAUGGAUUGGAUCUGAAACCAUGAUGUAGUGAGGAUUUCAUUUUCCUUUCAUUUUAAAUAGGCUUAGAAAUAUAUUGAACAAAAAAAAAAAA